CAUCCCCUGCGUGGAGGAAGGCGCAGGGCCCCAGACAGCCCCGGACCCCUCACUUGGAGACAGGGCCGGCGGGAGACCAUGGAGCUGGAGUCCCUCUACAACCUGCUGCAGCUCCCGAAGGAGGCAGGCCGCCCGGCCGAGCUCCCGCAAGGAGAAAGGAGGAAAUGCCUGCCGCGCACCUCCCGUGAGGACCCCAAGUUCAAAGAGCUGCAGAAGGUGCUGAUGGGGUGGAUCAACAGCCAGCUCCACCCCGAGCACAUCGUGGUCCGCAGCCUGGAGCAGGACAUGUUUGACGGGCUCAUCCUGCAACACCUUUACCAGAAGCUGGCGGGGUGCAAGCUGGAGGUGGAGGCUAUUGCCCUGACCGCCGGGAGCCAGAGGCGCAAGCUGGAGCAGGUGCUGACGGCCAUCAACGGGAGUCUGGGGGUGGAGGAGCAGAAGGCCCGGUGGAGCAUGGAGGCCAUCUUCAGCAAGGACCUGCUGGCCACCCUGCACCUCCUCGUGGCCCUGGCCAGGCACUUCCAGCCCGACCUGGCCCUCCCGGCCAACGUGCAGGUGGAGGUGAUCACCAUGGAGAGCACCAAGAGUGGCCUCAAGACAGAGAAGUCGGCGGAGCAACUGACCGCACGCGGCCCGCCCUUCAGCUCAGAAAAGGCCCAGCCUUCAGAGGACCCCUUUGAUGGAUUAUUUACGCUGCCUCCAGAGAAAGUGAGCGCCUUGAAAGAGGCCAUCAUUGACUUCGUGAACCAGAAGCUGGACCGCCUGGGCCUGUCCGUGCAGGAUCUGGAGAGCCAGUUUGCAGACGGAGUCAUCCUCCUCCUGCUGAUCGGGCAGCUGGAAGGCUUCUUCCUGCACUUGAAGGAAUUCCACCUCACGCCCAGCUCCCCUGCGGAAAAGCUGCACAACGUCUCGCUGGCUCUGGAGCUGCUGAAGGACCAAGGCCUGCUCAGCCACCCUGUCAGCCCCGAAGACAUCGUGAACAAGGACGCCAGGAGCACGCUGGGGGUGCUCUACAGCCUAUUUUGCAAGCACAAGCUGAAGGAAAACGCGGCCAGGAAACCCCCAGCAUCCCCAAAUUGACCAUCACUGCCCCCCAGAUCUGCUUUGCUAGCCAGCGCCCAAGCUACAGAGGGUCCCCCACAUCCAGCCAGCCCUGGGCCUCUGUUUUCCCGCCUGCCGACCCCCCUGCUCUCUCUGGUCUGAAUAUCUUUGAGCCCACGGGGAAUGGACCCCUCUGGAGCAACCUCUGGCCUCGCCCAUUUAUUUAA